UUUCCAUCUUGGGCGAUGGCAAGCACUUCGCACGGUUAAAACAAUCGGAACAGCACGCGCACGGAACUGUUGUACAUCCUGGCAUGGCCGAACUGGCCAAGCAUGAAAAGCGCAAAGACGAGUUGGACGGGUCGGGGCUGACGCAAUGCCGCUCCACGAGCGGAAGGUGAUCGGGUGUGAGGAGGAGGAGGAGGAGGAGGAGGAGGAGGAGGAGGAGGAGGAGGAGGAGGACAUCGGCAUGGAUGAAGCAUCCGCGACCCACACCGCGCGCAGGCAGGGGAGCAGGGGGUGCCGACAGGCUCGGCAGGUGUCCGGGUCGGGAGGGAGCUGCGCGCGCACGUGGCCGCGCUGCUCCCUCCCGUCUUGGGGACCCACGCAAUCGGCAAAGACCUCCGUCCGAGGGCAGACACCAGCCUGUACACCAUGCAGCCAUCUCCCUCGAGAGGCAGGCGCGCUGCGAUCACUGCCAGGACGUUGGAGAGAAGCACCGCGGGGCUCACGCGUGGGGCAUCGGGAGGCCGGGCGCCGGAUAGACACGCGCAGAGGACUGGCGUGCCCGGUCAUGGAAGGGCGUGGCCACAUGUGCAUCCGGCUCUCGCCCAAGCCGGCCGCGUCAUCUGCGUCCAGUUUCCCGGUGUGCUGCGGUGAGCGCGACACCGCUGGCCCCUUUCAGGGGACCAGCUGCCCCUUUUCUCCUCCAACAGCUCGUCCC